UGGUCUGAGGCUGCGCCGGGGGUGGAAGAUGUGGAUUGAGCCAUAGAAUAAAACAAUAGCGCUUAAAUAGCAAAAUAAUAACCCGGCUCGUCCGCCUGAGGCGUGGCCCCCGCUCCCCCCAGGUCGCUGUAAAGCACCGUGUGAGCAAGAGUUGGUUUUAUUUUUGUUUUUAUUUUUUAAUUUUUCUUUCCCGGCCGUGCAGGAUGAACGUCGCGCCUGAGGAAGUUAAGGCAGAAAAUGGCAAAGCGGAGCCUGGGGAAAAACAUUUUUACUGCGAAGUUUGUAAAAUUUCCUGUAUGUGUGCUAUAAGUCUUCAGUCACACUAUCGUGGUUCAAAGCAUAGAAAGCAAGAGAAAGCCCUGAGACGCAGGAAUUUCUAUAGUUCUUCUGCUCUUAUCCAAGUUCCGAUGAAGUAUCGAGUGCUCAGACGAGUGAAGAGAAAAUUCACAGGGUAUGUAACCUAUCUGAAGGAUUUUAUGAAUGAUCCCAGAAGAGAAGAACCUCUAAUUGGUUUAGAAUAUGUGGUUGAAAUCAGAUUUGAAGGAAGAAGAGAGCCACGUUAUGAGUGCAGGCUGUGUGGAUGUAAUACAGAAGUGGCACCUAUGAUAGAACAUCUUAGUGGAUAUAAACACAGAAGAGAAUACAUUUCUAAAGAAUUUCCAGAUAAAAUGAGGAGAAAACCAUCAGAUGCAAAAGAAUGCAAAGUCUCGUUUCUCAAACGGAUAGCAGGAGAGCUAGAGAAAAGCGAAGGAUUAAAAAUGUAUAAGAUUGAAGGUUACACAAGACCAGCUACCUCAUCCCCAUCAAAGAAGAAAGCAAGGUGGGAAGAUGAUUAUAAGCAUGAGAAUGAUCCUGUUCGGAAACAGAAAGCUCUGGAGUUCUUGGAGACUUUUCGCAUCACCUCAGACUCAGAAGCAACACUUGUUGUUCACAUUACACAGGAACUCAUGGAGGCUUUGAGGGCCUUUUGUGAAAAGAGAGCAGCAGAUAAUUACACCAACAGUGUAGGCCCACUGAUGUCAGUACCUCAAGAUAAAUUUCCAGAAAGGGAAAACAUCUCAGAACACUAUGGGCCAGAUGGAGAAUACAAAGGAAGUUCUGACUGGAAUCAAGGUUUUUUGUCUCAGUAUGAAGAGUGUUCUGAAGAUUUUUCUUUUGCUCCUGCUCACUCAAACAGUUACCAUGCAUAUGAUGGAUCAUACUCUUGUCAUCUGAGAUCUGAGGACUUUGCAAUGAUGCCUCCACUCAGGGACUCUCCUGCUGUUGAGCCUGAUAAUCCUGUUAGUGGUAUCAGUGAAUGGCUGAGACAGCUCAGAAACUCUGUGUCAGUUGCUGGGGCCUCUUCAUACACAACCGGCCCAGUGAAGGAGUAUUCAGCAGAAUACAUAUCCAGUGAUGUGCAAGGAAGUGAGCUCCUUGAUAACAGAUUCUCAUUUGGCAGGGAAAAUACAAAAUGGAGGGAUCAACAAGCGUGUACAGAUUCAAGGCAUAUAAGUGACCAAGAAUUACCCUAUCCCAGUUCUUCUGCCUCAUAUCCUUCAUCUGCAAGGUACUCUACAAACUAUGCUUCACAAAACUAUUCGUGUUACACGAACAGUGAGUCUGUGAAUACUUGUACGUCUUUGGCAAAUUCUGGUGUUUCAGAAAGAGGUGGCUCCAGGUGGCACCAGGACACUAGGUGGAAUGAGUGGAAGCAGGAAUCUAGGUGUCAAGGAUUCAGGUAUCAGAAAUCAGGCUACCAGAGAGACUGGAGUUCACAUCAGGACUCGUUUUGUGGAAGUGGUUCGUACCAAGAUCACCAGCAGUUCCGAAACUCUGAAGAGAUAUUUGAUGGAGUUGAUGCUGGUCUUGCUCCCAACACUGUGAACAGACUACUAGGAAAGGAUGUACCUACAAUGACCAGGAUGCUCAAACAGUUGGCUCCGUAUUAUCCAGCACUUCAAAAAAUAAAUAUUCAGACGUUCAUCAAUGUGCUAAUAGAAACUAGAGAGAAAGAUUAAGGAGCAACAACAGCUGAACUGGAAACAGAUGAAGAGAUUUGAGAAUUUCCAUCACCUGGCUUUCAGGAAAGAGACUGUAUUUUACUCUGUGUUUGACUGGCUUGAGAAAGGUAAAGGGGAGGUAGGGUUUAAGUUUUUAACAUGUGAAAUAUAGCUGGGACAGGAACUUGCACAUAACGGGUGAACAUACUAUUUUGUUUAGGCUUUUUGUAAAGUAUUUGUUAUAUCUUAGUAUAUUACAGAAAAAAAAUUUUGUUAUUUUUUGAAUAUAAUGUUAAAAUUACUCUGUCAGCAAAAAGCUAAUAAUCCUUUUAAUACCCUUCUCAAUUCAGAAGAGAAGGGAAGGUUUACUUUUCUGUUACCUACUUAGGAAGCACAUGCAUUGAAAAUACAGGUUUACUUUUCUUAAAAUGCAAGGCCAGUUCCAUUAAUUUGAGGCUUUAUAAGUAGUGUAUUUUUAGAAAUUGAUACACUAUAUUUGUUUAGACAGAGAAAGCAAAGGUAUUCUCUGUCUUAAUGUGACGUUAUAUGGGGAACAUGUAAUCUAUACUAGAGGACUGGUAUGUAAUGGGGCAUAUUAGUUUCAUUUUUGUAGAAGAAGAAAUGGUGUGAAAUAUAUGCAGAUUUUUUUAAUCAUGUUGUUCAAAAUGAAAUAAUUAUAAAUUGUCUUAAAAACUCAUUUGGUGGAUGGACCUAAAAUAAAAAUUCUUGAUUCUUUCUACUAGCAAAAGCAUAUUAAGAAAUAGAACCCAUAAGGCAAUCAGAUAAAACAACAGAAAAAAAUAAAUAAACAAAAUGUCAUACUAACUGAGUAAUACUUACCAGUUCAUGAUGUGUAUCAGAGCCACAUGCUCAUGAGCGCCUGGCUUUAGAUAUCUGCUUUAUGUAAUUAAAACCAGCUUACAUGGAGCUGAAGAAAUGAAGUGAGACAGUUUACUCCUGAGUGUCUGUUUUCCUUUUCACUGCUGCAUUGUGGACUAUCAUUUUUCUUCUCACCCAUGCCAGAACUGUUUCUCUGUGCAUUAAAUACUUGUGCUGAAACAGGGUUAGUCUUCAUGAGCUGUCAUAAAAAAUUUUGGAUCUUGUUAUGUAAAUUUUAAUAAAAACUCAAAAAACCAAUUUAUUAUUGAGCUUGUAAACUCAAUUCCCUAAUAUUUUCCUUCUGUCAUUAUUUUGUUUCUGCAUCUGAAGAGAUCCACUUUCCUUUUACAUUCCUGUUCACUGUGUCCUUCAGUGCUCAUACUUACUGAAGUGUUGGAGUGGUUUAUAAUGUCACACACCUUGUAGUUGUGCCGUAUACUUCUCUCCUCUGAAUUACAUAGUCAACCUUGCUUAAAAGGGAAAAUUGUUUUUUCUACCACAGGUGUCUGCCAGAGUUUUGAUGUAAAAGUCCGUAGACUUGAUCAGUUAUUAUUUAAAAUUUACCAGAUUUAUAUUUAAAGUUAUUUACACAAAUGUUACUACCAUAGUUUUUUCUCACAGAAAGUGUAGUGCAACUAAAAUUUCGAAACUAUAUAAAAAAAUGUUGCUAGAAAAUGUUACUGCUGCAACUCUGUCAAUUCAAGCUAAAACCUUUUCAUUUGAGGUUGCUGCAGAGAACUCUUUUUCCCAUUUCUCACUCUCUUCUGGAUUUUACUGCCAUCACUGUAUGCCCUAGUGGCAUACAGUGGCUGGAUGACCUCCACCCAGCUUAGAUGCUCUUUCCACCUACAUGUUCUGUUCUUUUUCCUUCUGAGCAAGUUAUUGUCCCUCCUUUGUUGUUGUGCAGAGUCCUGCAUUAGGGAAACAGUUCUUGCAUUUUGAAAUGGAGUUGGAGUAGUUAUCCAAUUAAGUAGUUAUCAAAUUAAGCAUUGAUUUACUAAAGCUUUCCGGAACUCUAGAGUGCUGAGUACUUCUUAAUCCCAAGAAAACCCUUUGCCCUAUCUUGCUCCUAUGUAGUAUGUAAUUGGAGCAGAACUCUGUCUAGACUCCAAUCCUUCUUCAAGAAACAACUUCACAAAGUAGGUCUUGAUAGCCUGCAGAGCAGCACUGGAUACCUGGCACCUAUCAGCACCAAAGCAGCUACAUCACAGGCUUUGGCAUGGAGGCAAUAGUUUUCAGAAUGCAACUGAGCCCUUGGAGCAAAUUUCCAAUUUCCUUAAAAAGCCAGUGACAAAAAUCCAGACAGGAACAUGUCUUGGAUUGGGGAUAAAUGGUCUACUUUUAGCCAGUUUCUUGGUCUGUGGUGUACCUGCUUUGACAAUUUAGAAGUAUGUUUCCCACUGAGACAAGAGCUGUUCCAAACCAGAGCCACCUUGAUGAUUCUCUGCAUCAGUUAUGCUCCUUUAGGAAGUGCUGAAGCCAGCUGUUCUGCACCAAGGGCAGUGAAAUACAACAGGGCCAACUGAACAUGGAGACAUCCUUCAGGGGAAACAACAUGGGAAGUUUCUCAGAUUCCAGCUUUUUAGUUUGUACCUUGGACUUGCUAAUACUCCACAAAAUGCUUCCCAGAAUUACUGGAUUUUAUGUGGGUGUAUGAUCCAAAGGGACAGAUUCCUUAGUGUGAAAAAAACCAGGGCAGCUCUUUCAAGCUCAGAAGUUUGGGGUUCUUCUGGUUUGUUUCUGGAGAGGACAUGCAUAGUUAUUAUCUCAGCCUUUUAGGGAGGGAAGGUUCAAAGAGUAACUCGUGGAAAUCUUUUUCCCUUGUUUUCUUCAACAUAAGUUAACUUUCAUAGCUGUUGGAUGAGGUGGCUUCCAAGAGUGGGUGUUAUUCCUGAUCUCCCUCCUCACCCAAGACCAGUUCCUUGCCUUUUGGGUGAUGACACCCAAAGUGCUUUGGGAGCACUCCUUGUCUCAGUGUGCUUAUGCUAUGGGGGCCAUUGGUUUUUCCCCACGUAUUUUACACCAAAAGAGUGUUCAGAGUGUUGCUGAGCUGUCACAAAGGGUCUGAUUAACACUUGACAAAUAGUAGCAGCUUUUCUGCAUGACAGAUAUUUGAUAACAGUUGCAUAGUUGCCACUUUGCUGCCUUUACCCUGACACCAGACACCCUACUGUGGGUGAGAUGCAGAAUCACAGAACAGUCUAAUUUGGAAAGAGUCCACAAGGAUCACCAAGUCAGCUCUUCAGAGAAUGGACCAUACAGGGAUUGAAGGUGUGACCUUGUUGUUAUUUGUACCAUUCUCUGACCAUCUGAGCCAAUCUCAGGGUCAUCUGGAAGUAACUCUUUUUUUUGGUUGCUUCUUCAGAGUUACUGCAAGAGAUGGUGUGUGACAGGAAUCAGUCAUUGUCUUGCUUGAAUUUUUCUACUCUCUCUCAUUAGCUGUAAAUGGUGAGAUGUAAAGUUAUGAGAAUGUCUGACUGUCACUUCAAGACCACUUCAAAUAAUUGCUCCAGCACAAAAAGGAAGAC